AUGCCUGGCCACAGCACAGGGGCUCACCAGGUGUCCCGCCACCACAAACACCACAACUCUGGCUCCAGAGCAGAGAAGUACCACCAGGGUCGGACUAUAUCCAGGGAGAGCACGGCCAGCCAAGACUUCCACAAGGAUCAUCAUGUGGAGCAUCAUCUGCACGAGCACCACACUGACCACUCCAGGUAUUCAGACAAGUACAGCCGCAGCAGAGGCCACCCGAGGAAUGGCACAAGCCGGGGCUCAGAGACGAUAGGAUUUAUACCAGGGUCGGCAGACAACACGCCUGCCGGCAGACAUGCCUGCGGCUCCUGUGCCUCUAUGGGCUGGAGCAGCUGUAAGGCUCUUAUCUGCUGUGUACUGACCUGUGGAUUUUAUGGCAGCAAAGAGCCCUGUCUGCCUGUUAAUGAGAGCUCCACAGACCAUCCCCCUAGAGCAGGUACUGAGCCUCACCCUCCUAAUGGCAUGGCUCUUACCAACCCUACUUGUGGUGUCCCUCUGGAGUCCAGGAAGUCUCCUAAAGUUUCAAAGUUGCCUACAAGUGACAGCUUCCGCUAUCCGGAUGUGCGCAUUGCAGGUCAGACCGUUCGCUAUCCAGCUCCUGCCCCUAAACGGACCCGCACGCCUGGCAAGGGGGAAAGCCAGCGACCAAUCAGCAACACCAGCUUGCUAUCCCGUGAGGACUAUGACUUGGACGACCUGAGUGACACGGGCACAGACAUAGACUCUCUGAUUACUAAGAAGCUGCUGGAGCUUUACGCCCUGCACCAGAUUGACCAGCUGGCCAAGUGCACAUCCGACUCCUCUUUUUCCCGCAAGACGAAUGAAAUCAGCGAGCUUAUCUACAGCAUCGCCCAGGACUACAACCUGGAGGAGCAGGAGGCUGAGUGUAAGCUGGUACACGGGGUCAUUCGCAUCAGCACAAGGAAGGGUAAGAAGUACAAGAGCCCCCAUUCCGUGGGACAACAGCGACCUAACGGAAGAAGUGACGGGACUCUUCCGGACAGCGGCAACGAGACCAUGACAAACAUGAGCAGUGACUGUAAGGAUAUCAUGAACAUCUCACAGCAAUAACAACAACACUCAAGUAUUUCACCCAACAUACAAGAUAAACAGAUGUACCGUCUUGUUUCUCUGUAGUGACUCAUAAUGUCUGUUGGAGAGCUUUUGUUAGUCUUCAAGUUUGAACCCUAAUACAGCAGGUAUUUUACAGGCAGUGACCUAAAAAUAAUUGUUAAAUCAAGGGCAAGUUCCAACAGGCACAGGCCAUCUUCUAACGACGUAUUGCACAAUAGCAGAGGUUAGCAGAUGAAUGUUGUGAAUGUCUGCUGAAGAUGCUCAUUUGCUGCUGUUUAUUUUGUCUCCUGCUGCAGUUCCAGAGGUGAAAGUGUCAGAGCAGACACCAUCGGACGAGCUGGCAAGGAAAAUGAGACACUACAGCGGGAGGAGUGAGUGUGCAUUUGGCAAUUUUCCAUCACACCUUCUUUCAGGUCAAAAUAAGUGAACCUAUGAGAAAUUUCGAGUUGAAAACAAUCAAGGAUAAAGCAGAAUCGGGUUGUACAGGUGUGUAAUUAGUGUUGAAAAGUGUCACAUUAUUAAUUAUUCACGGUGCUGAUGGAGUUACAGUCUUUACUGGUCCUUGGCAAUGAAAUGUAAUUACCACCUUGGUGAAUUGGUUUGUGAGACUCUCUCUGUGCAGCCUAUUGUACGUACUGCAGCUGCAGGCAGUUUCUCACCUCCUCUCUACUUUACUUCAACAUACCUCUCUUACGCGAUGAAAGCCCUGCAUUCCUGCCCUUUUCUCUGCGUAUUACAAUCCUCUGCUCAUUAACCGCCUCCUCUCCUCAUCUGCCACCUUACACCCGCUCAUCAGUCUGCCCCUAUUCUCCCCUACAGCUCAGUGGUCAUGAUACACCACCUGAUCGAGUCACAUAAAUAUAUGCCACAGAAUGUCUUGUGCCAUUUCAGUGAUCAACUCUGGUUGAAGAUGGAUUACGGCGCAGAAGCCCCUUUUUUAAAAAGUUGUUGUUCUGCAAGAGGCAGUUAGAGGACAGGGUGUCUUGUUACAUGUCUAUCAAGGAGGGUGCGACGUAUUAUGUUUCCACAACUUUCACAUGGGACCCUGAGGAUGUGGGAAUCAAGUGCAAUACCUCGUGCUUUGAUUUUUUUCAACUUUUGCAUUUUGUUUUCAGUUUGCAGUGCAAUGAAUAAAUACAUUUCUUUUUUUUUUUUUGCAGUGUAUUCCUCCAGCACCGCCACAGCCUACUCAGCUUACCACCACGACACUGAAACAGACUCUUCAGGCGCUCCUCUGCUUCUCUGA